UACACCAUUACAUUUGGCAAUGCAAUUUGGAAGAGAUAAUAUUUUUGAACUGCUCUGUAAUGUUUAUAAAGCAAAUCGUGAUAUAACUGAUUGGAGUGGUAAUAAACCAUUAGAUUAUCGUCGUCAACGUACAACUGUAUCAGCAUCAACAUAUAGCAAAAUCAAAGCAAAGAAAAAGAAUAUAGAAAAAGACUCGGGAUUCCUUCGGAUUGGCUCUUUGAAUGUCCGAGUGAAAAAGACGACAGAAGCAUUCAGCAAUUUUCUGGGAGUGGGAGGGAGCAAUGGAAAUACGAAUCAAAACAACAAUCAUCACCAUUACCAUCACCAAAACCAACUGCAAAGUGGUAUGAUGCCACCACCAUCUCAGAAUCCUCGAGCACAUCAGAUGAGAGCGAGCAUACCAGUACAUUUAAGCAAUAAUAAUAAUAAUAAUGAUAAAAUACAUAAAACAUGGGGAUCUGUUGAUAAUAUACCGAAACCAUAUGAUAAAAAUAUGCCACCACCAUCAAAAAAUUCAAAACGAAAUAGUAAGACAAAAAGAUCACAAGAUGGUUUUAAUAGUAUGCCAAGUACACCAAAUCAAUUAACAACUGAUAAAAAAUUUUUAAGUCAUGAUCAAAAAAUUAUUUUUCAAGAUUCUGAUGAUUCUGAUUCAGCAGCUGGUUUCGAUUCAAGUUGGUCAAAAGCGAAAUUUUAAUAUUAUAUUUUUCAACUUACACAUUUAUACAUUUACAUAUAUUUUUUUUAACGAUAUGGGAUUAAAAUUUAUUCUUUAUAUUUAUAUAACAAUUAGUAUGUAUUUAAAAUUUUUAAAAAAUAUUGUCAAUAUUGACACAUAUUUAAAAUGUAUUGGGAAAACUCUAUAAUUUAUAUUCAAAAAGAAAUAAUUAUUUACUCAUUUUAUAAUAAUCUCAUAAAAUUAUUAAAAAAGAACAUAGAAUUUCACUUAAAUAUUAGGAUGCACGCCUACAUUUAAGGUAUUUUAUUUUAAAGCAAUUCAUUUUUGAUGAAUUAGACAUUUAAAUUUAAAAAGUACUAUGACAUUUUUUUUAAUUAUGUACAUUUAAUUUUUUUAUUUGAUUCUUAUUAAUUUUAAAAAAAAAAUAUGUUGAUUAAGGUCCCCGAAAUAAAUUACUUCGUA